UGGGGUGGGAUGGGCAGAGCUCAGGUGAGUUAGCCUGGGGGCUCGAGCGGUUGCAACAGGGCAGGCGAUGCCGUAUGGGAAAGCAGGAGGAGGUGGAGGAAGUGGAUCACCCAGAGACAAGUGGAAGCUAAGGAAGAGAGGCAGCCGGCUGACGAUUCAACCGCUCUUUACCAUCACUGAGGAAGAGGAGGUACAGAGAAGGAGGGAGGCUGGCAGGAAAAAGAAACGAGCAUCUUACUCCCAGUAUAGGUCUGAGGAUUGUCGAGGGUCUUCAGCCUCUGGGCAGACCUACUCCCCCACUGGGACACCUAUACCCCCUCCCAUUCCUAAUCGGACCACCAGCAAAAACACAAGUAGUUAUACUGCUACCAAAACAGACUCGUUGCUCUUUAACAAGAUUGAUGAGAGACAGAGGCUGGCCCGUGAGCGCAGGGAGGAGCAGGAAAAACAGAAUGUUGCCAAGGAGGCCCAGUGGCAGGCGCGCGAGGAGAGAGCGAGGCAGCACUAUGAGAAACAGUUGGAGGAGAGGAAGAAAAAACUGGAAGAGCAGCGGAUAAAAGAGGAGAAAAGAAGGGCUGCUGUGGAGGAGAAGCGAAGGCAAAAACAAGAGGAGGACCGGGUGCGUCAUGAGGCAGUGAUACGCCGCACGCUGGAGCGGAGCCAGAAAACCAGGCCGAAGCAAAACCGCUGGUCCUGGGGAGGAGCGCUGCACACCAACACUCCAAGCAUACCAGCUGAUGCUGACAGAAGGUCGGUGUCCACCGUGAAUUUAUCCAAACACACGGAAUCCAUCAUUACCAAGCGCCUCUCCUCCUCGUCUGCCACACUGCUGCACUCGCCAGACAGAGGCUUACAGAUGAGAACAGCUUCCACGCCUGUAAUAAGCAAAGCUCAGUCCAAACCCCGCCUACAUCAGGGGAAGACCACCCAGCACAAAAACACAGGACUCCGCCGCCUUCCGCUGACGCCAUGGGAGAGCAGCAUGGUGAACCGACUACAGCAGCCAACACACUCAUACCUGGCCCGGAGCCGUAGCGCCAUGAGCUUGUCUGGAGAACAGUCAGCCAUGCCUGUGUGUCCUCGCUCAGUUUCCUGCCACCCCAUGGGCGCCAUGUCAUUCAAGACCCUGCAGGCCCAAGUGCUCCCUCACUGUCGCAGCCAGGACAGGAACCUGAGCAGAGAGAAAGCUUUGCCGGCCUCCGCCACCGCUCGUAGAAGGACCACAGGAACUAUGCAGCAUAAAGACCGUGACAGCGUCAGGAAGUCUUGGAGCAACCUGUCCCUUCCACUGGCUCCUGUUCUGACGUUACCUCCCAAUAAGUCCACCAUUUCUUUAGGCAAAAAGUCCAACAAAGCCACACCACCCUCUGCUGGCAGAGCUCCACAGAAAACACUGGGACGUCCCCCAACUCCCAAGCUGCUUAAAUCUCCAGUUUCAGAUGAUCCCGGAAACCUUCGUCCUGUCAGAAUCACACCUGAGCACUCUCAACCCUCAACGCCAACAGCAGCUCCGAAGGAAGAAGAAGAAGAGGAAAAAGGGAAGAUUUUCAGCCCUCCUCAACCCAGACCUCAGCCACUGGGUGAGAACAAUCCCCCAAGUGAGGCACCAGCUGAAGUCAACGAGUCUACAAGCAGUCCUCCAACUCAGAAACCUUCAGCUGGUACCACAGAUCCAGAGGAGGCCAGUCGGAUCCUGGCCGAAAACCGGCGGCUGGCCCGGGAGCAGAGGGAGAGAGAGGAGGAGGAGCGGAGGCAACAAGAGGAGCAGGCGAGAUUAGCAAAGGAGGAGAUGGCCCGCCGUAAAGCGGAAGAGCGAGCGAAGAGAGAAGAGGAGGCCCAGCGUCUGGCAGAGGAGAGGAGAAGGCAGGAGGAGGAGGAGAGAAAGGCUGAGGAGGAGAGGCUUCAGAGGGAGAGAGAAGAGGCAGAGAGACUUCAGAAACAGAAAGAGGAGGAGGAGUCUCGAUUGAGGGAGGAGGCAGAGCGACUGAGGCAGGAGAGGGAGAAGCACUUUCAGAAGGAAGAAGCAGAACGAUUGGAGAGAAAAAAGCGUCUUGAGGAGAUCAUGAAGAGAACCAGACGCUCAGACACAUCAGAUAAGAAAGUCAGGACCGGAGACAGCGCAGUGAGCUCUGGUUCUCCUGCAGCACCUGCAGCCAACGUGCCUCAGACAAACAGCAACAGUCACCAACCUGACCUCAGCCCACAACCCAGCACCACUCCUCUGAGCCGCCCUGACCAGAGGGAGAACGGGGAGUUCGAAGAGGUGAUCUCACUGCCUUCACAUUCCAGGUUGUCUCCUCCUGAAGGGGAGGAGCAGCAGGAGACGGAGGAAGAGGAGAGUAAAGUUUCUGUCGUAGCCUUCAUGGAGAACGGUCUUCUAAAGUCUCUGAGUGCAGUUGAAGAUAUAUCAGCCCAGCAGGGACCAGAUGUAGCCUGAUGCCGCUUUGGAACGUGACGACUCCACAGCCACGGAGACAGGAGAAGCGCUCCGAAGGAGGCAGAGAAUCAUGGAGCUGUGAAGACUGAACCAAAGGAGAGAUUAGCAGCACCAUAUUUAUAUUCUCUUUCUCCUGUGGACAAAAACGCCAUUGCCAUGUCCCAAAACCGGUGUCUCCAAAGAACUCCAAAAAGAAAGACAUCCUUUCCAAGAGAAGUGUCUUUUCCUUUAAGAAACUCAGGCAAAGAGCUCAUUUUCUCGGUGACAGUUGGUCAUAUCUUCUUGUUCCCGCCCAGUUCUCCAAUGCUCCAAAAUCACAAUACAACUUCAACUCCUGAGAUUGAGUGAAGAAAAAUUUAUUAAUCUUGUAAACUGAGAUUACCUUUUCAGUCUCCAACCAUGAUACUUGAAGCGUUUUCGUUGUAGAUGUUCUUUAACCUAAUUUUCAGCAUCUGCAAUGUGAAAGAAAAAAAGAGACUGAUGCAUUUUUUGUGUAGCUUCAGCAUUUUUGGUUGAAUCAGUACAAAAUUGAUGGUAUAAUGGCACUACGUUAUAUAGAGACUACCUGGAAAUGUCACAUAAUGCAAUGUAUUCUGUCUACAGUGUUUAAAACUAGAGGCUGUAAGAUUGAGGCCAGGAUGAUUGAGUAUUACAAACUUUAGUUUCAGUAAUUAUUAAAACAAUAUUUUGUUUUUUUUAGGCAACAGAGAAAUAGGGCAUAAACUUCUGAUUUCUGUUUAACUUUAUUUAAUUGCUGUACAGAUAAAAUGUGAUUCUUCUAGUUGCCUGUGUCCUUUUUUUCUUCAGAAAUUUGCUUUGGGUUGAAGCCAUUAUGUUUACCCUUUUUAUAGAUAAAACUCAGUCAAAGCUGUAUCCUACAACUUGGCCCAGAGUACUGGAAGAGUUUUACUUAUUCUUUAGCUGGACUGUGUUGGAAGCUGAGUUUUGUUCGGCCUAAGACGGCUCAAAAUGACUUGAAAUAAUUUACAUCUGAUACUGAAUCAAACAAAUUAAUAAUUUUCAUGAAUCGAUGCUGCUAAUUGUGAAGUUGUGUUGCCUUGCUGCGUUGCGGUUGUGUAGGGCAACAUUGUUUCUACACUGAGUUGAAGGUGAAUCUGCAUUCCUGAGUUUUGGCAUUUGCAGCCAAACUCUCCCAUGUCUUCCUUUUGAUGCAAACAUCUGAAGCCAGAUUAAAUGCUCUGUCCCCACUGUAAGCAGCUUCUCAUACAUUUUUCACUCAGCUUUUGAUGCUACGCUUUCCUGGGUGAAUGUGUUGAUACAACUAGUAGCAAUAUGUACUAGAUGUGAGCAGGAGGUUUCUACCAGCUGGACUGUUAACAUCAUGUUGACUACCUAUGUUUGUAAAUAUUACCAAGUAGAAAUUUUCUGAAAGACCAUAAAGAUUUGAAAGCAAACAAAUCCUUUAAGGACAGUGGAUGGGAAGAGUUUUUUUGAACCAUUGUAUUGCUGAAGUGUAAAAUUAUUACAUCUCGAUUUGUUGGAAAAUUAAAAAUUUUGGAACUGAUUAAAUAUUCACUCUGGUUAUCCUG